AGUGGUCAAUCGUCAAUGUGCAGCACAGUGCACACAAUGACGGCGACCACCGAGCAACCAACUACCAAGUGUUAUCAUAACAUUUAUAACAGUAGAAAAAUAAUACUGGCGCGAUGGUGAUUCAUCACUUCGUUUAUUUUGUGUUAAAGAGACGUAAAACGAUGGCGGGAUGCGCGCUGACGGCCGGCGUGAUGCUGCUGUACCUGCUGACCGCGGUCGUGCACCGGAACGCUGCCAGCGGUGAAGACGGCACCGCCGAACAGACUUCAUACUUCGUUAAAUCAUAUAAAUGCAUCAACAACACGUGUAUCUUCAGCAAAGUUCCAUCAAUGGAAAAAGAAAACAGUGGACUUGAUGGGUCUAUAGACGUUUGUCGUUUAACCUGUGGACACUAUGGAUCACUUUGGCCAAAGCCAACAGUACAUACAAGUAUAGGAAAAUCUCUAGUCGAAUUCGAUCUCAAUAAUGUUAAAUUUGAUACAUCGAAGAUGGCUGACCAAUUAAGCAAAGAAUACAUGUCAGAAGCGUCUCAAGUUUUUAUAUUGUCCUUAAAAAAACUAUGCGUCCCAAAUUGUGUUUCCUAUACAAAUACUCCAAUUAUAUCUAUAUCUACAAGAAAUCCAUUUGAAUAUAUCAAAUUAACAACAAACGAAAGUUAUAGUUUGAAAAUAAAUACCGAGGGAGACAGUACACUUAUUAAUAUCGAAGCAAAUACCGUUUAUGGAGCGAGAAAUGGAUUGGAAACUGUAAGACAACUUGUUGCUACAUACGGUUCUAUUGUGUCUGGAAAAAAAUUGGUGAUGGCUGGCGAUGUUCAAAUAACUGAUCAACCUAUAUACGCAUACCGUGGUUUUAUGCUGGAUACCGCAAGACAUUAUUUCCCAAUAUCAACUAUUAAGCGACAUAUCGAUGCUAUGGCUCAUUCCAAACUAAAUGUAUUUCAUUGGCACGCCACCGAUUCUCAUAGUUUUCCUUUGGAUUUACCUAGUGCGCCAUUAAUGUCUAAAUAUGGAGCUUACAGCCCCGACGAAAGGUAUUCAUUCAAGGAAAUUAAGGAUCUUCUUAGGUAUGCAUUAGUCAGAGGAGUAAGAAUUAUUAUUGAAAUCGAUUCGCCAGCACAUGCGGGUAAUGGUUGGCAAUGGGGUAAAGCCUCAGGUUAUGGUGACCUAGCUGUUUGUGUGGACAAAGGUCCUUGGAGAAAAUACUGUGUACAACCGCCAUGUGGACAGCUCAAUCCAAUCAAUACUAACACAUAUAAAUGGUUGGGAAAAAUUUAUAAAGACUUGAUCAAUGUACUACCAAAAGGAGAAGCGUUCCACAUGGGUGGCGAUGAGGUUGCUCUAAAUUGCUGGAAUACUACUACUGAAAUCACUGAUUGGAUGAAAAACAACAACCGAAGCUUGGAUGAAGAAGGUUAUUUAGACUUGUGGUCUCAAUUCCAUGCUAAUUCGUUAAGUGAAUAUGAUAAAGAAGCUGGAGAUGAUAAAUCCGACAUAAUCGUUUGGUCUAGUGGUUUGACUGAACCUGAAAUUAUAGAGAAGUAUUUGGACAAAAAAAGGUAUACUGUUGAAGCUUGGGAAGGAUCAAAUAUUCCAGUUGAACUUGUUAAAUUAGGCUAUAAGGUUAUAGUCGCCUUAAAGGACGUUUACUAUCUGGAUCAUGGUUUUUGGUUAUCAACUAAUUAUCAUACUUGGAAACAGAUUUACAACAACAAGAUGCCAAAAGUUGAUAAUCCAAAUCUUUUAUUAGGCGCAGAAACAUGUAUGUGGUCUGAGUAUGUCGAUGAUAAUGCUGUUGAUUCCAAAGUAUGGCCACGAGCUGCAGCUUUAGCUGAGCGACUGUGGUCAAACCCAACAACAAAUGCUCCUUCUGCUGAAUACAGAUUUUUACAACAUCGUGAAAGACUGGUAUCACUCGGUCUUAAAGCAGAUACAGUGACGCCAGAAUGGUGUUAUCUUCAUGACGGGAUGUGUAUUUUAGAGCAUUAAUAAUAUAUAUAUUUUUUUUUUAAUUUUAAUGUGUAUAUUUUAAGUAUGCCAUACAAUAUGUUUAUUUUUAUCUAUGUACAUACAAUUAUAUAAUUAUAUACACAUAUAAAUAUUAUAUAUUUUAAAGCAAUAUAUUUUAAUAAAAAUGUAAUCAAUUUUUGUCAAGAUGUUAAAAACAACAUUAUAAGCACAAUAUAUUUAAAUACAUUUUGGUUAUAUGAAAAUAAAAAUGUAUUUAAAGAUUAUUACGAUAUUUAGCUUCAUAAUAAUUUUGCAUGGCUCGUCUCAAAACUGCAAUUGUAAAGUCCACGUCAGCUUUCGUUACACACAUAGGAGGCAUAAACCGCAGUACCUAAAAUAAUUUUGCCAUAAUUAUAUAUAAAUUUAUAAAGACUGAAGUAUUUGUAAUUUUAACAUAAUAUACGUAAUUAAAUAAUUAAUAUACAGGUAAAUGUAAUGUACAAGUUAAAAAAUGUCAUUAUUUUAUUUAUUAUUAAUUUGUUUAAUAGUGCAUGAAUAAUUUAAAUUGUAAAUUAUAAGUAUUUCUUUUACUAUAAUAUAAUUUAAUUAUUUAACAUAAUAUUAUCAAUUAUCAUAUCUUAGCAUUUAAAACAUUAAAAAAUGAUGAUUUAUUAUAUAAAUAAAUGAAAUAUUAAUAAUCCCAA